AUGACUGCCGAAGACAAUAAUUUUUGUAAAAUAAUAAAGAAUACAAAAUCAGAUGACCAAGCUAUUGAUGUGGUGAUGAACGACAAUAUGAUUUUAAGAAGGAAAUAUAAAAAUAAUCUGACGUCAAAUGCAAAUCAUCCCAAAACAUUGGGAUUUACAUUAAACGCGGCGGAAUUAAAAGGUGACACGCCAGGUUGGCUGGCAAAAACAUUUCUUGUUAAAUAA